GCCGCUAUAAAAGCCAUUUGGAUGACGUCAUCGGGAACUGUCAGUCAGGCGGUUGCUAUGGAAACUGAUGAGCGCAUGGUGCAAACAGAGCUUCUCACAUACACACACACACACAUAGACACACGCAUACAAGCACAUGCACUCACACAUCGAGCUCCAUCAGCGCGCGCUCCAGGACGCAGGGUCACGGGAAACCUGGAGCAGGGAGCAUCGGGCACAAGGCGGGGUACACCCUGGACAGGGUGCCAAUCCAUCACAGGGCAAACCCUACAACAGUGUUUACUUAUCAGAAAGGGUUCCAAGUAGAACCAUUUUAGUGGGCUAGGAAGUCUUAAUUAUCCAAUGCACCCAUAAAGAACCCUUGAAGAGCCAUUGUGUCCAAAGAGUGCAAUGUUGGAAGCAAUUUCAUCAGUUUAACCCACUGAUGUCCGUGGAAGACGCCACCUCUAAAUAAUCGUUUCGUGUUUCAUCGAUACGGGUUCCUUACACCUGCUGGAGGAACCUCAUUGCACCUUAACCGAUGGCGACUGAAGAAAGCAACAGUGCAGAGUUCCAAGAGAAAACCGGCUUGAAGAGAAAACUAACAGGACCACCACGACUUCUACUGGGCAAAUCCAGGUCUCCAGGUCAAGAUGAGAAGAAAUCAAGAAAGCAUAGACGACACAACGACACGCCGCUGGACACGGCAGAAACCGAGCAAAGUGCUGAACUGCACGAGCUGACGAGUCCUGAAAGUCCUGAAACUGUCCUAACUUCAGAUCUUGAUGGAGGAACACGCACGGAUCUCCGGGACGAGUGUUUGGAAACAGCUUCAAAUUUGCAGCAGAACGUGAAGAAAAUUCGGAGAAGAAGCAAAGCUGGAGCGACCAUUAGACGGAUUUUCUCCUGUGUUAGGAGGAGAAAGGAUCUGGGAAUGAAAACUGUGGAGGAUGCUGAGGAAAACACGCAGCACAGAGAACACAACAGCAUCCACGACGGGGAACUUCUGACCCAUUCAGGUGAUUCCUUGAAAGUGAAGCGUGAACAAGAGCCGGUUAAGAAGUUCAAGGUGCGAAUGUUGCGCAUCUUCAAAAAACGUUCAUCCAAAGGCAAGCAGGAACUUGAAGAACACGGAGAAGAACGAUGUAAUGAUACUUUCACUGAAAUAUCUUCAGAAACAACUGAUCGGCGUACAUCUGGUGCUGCAGAGCCACCAGCUGUGGACGAACAGCCGAAUGAAUCAAGUGGGAUUGACGAGGAUGCAACCAGAAUCCAUGAGGAAACCUGCUUGGAAUCACAAGAUCCCAAAAGCGAGGUUCUGGAAGCGAUUUCCUUGAAUGUAGAGGUGAACGUUAACUCGAAUGCCGUGUUCGUUCAUGAAAACCACCAACAUCCACCCGAAUCUCACUUCCCAAGUCCUGUAGAUGAACAGGAGCCCAAGAUACAGACUAGCGAGGCUCUGCUAACAGGGCUUGCGGAGUCUAAUUCCGAUCCGGAAGAUCCCUGGAUGUCUCCAGAAGAUCCGGUUACAGAUGGCCCGGUAGUCGAUGCUCCAGUUGAAAAUGCGAGUGUUUUUAAAUGCAAACCCGUCAUCACGAUAGAAGACGUUCACUCGUCGGACGAAGAAAACCACGACUCGUUUGAAAACCCAGCUCCGCGAUACGGCACGCUGUCGCCGCUCGUCGCCCUCAACGGAUCCUGUUACACGUUAAAGACUGCGGACAAUCGGUUUUCCGAGAUCCUGCUCGCUCAGACGGCGUUGUCUUUGGUCCGCGCAGCUAUUAGCGGUGCCGUUGAAGAGCUUUCAGCCGAGCUGAGGAGCCGUCAGAUGGAUCGGGAUCAUGUCUAAUACUCACACACACACACACACUAAUUCUUACAAAUUUCAGCCAAGAAUCAUGUUCCGUGCUGGUUCCACUGGGGCAGGACUCAGAUCUUUGGAGGAACAUCAGUGUGCUUUAUUUACUCCUCGCUGUUAGAUGAGUUAGCGUGGUAUAGUUUGCGUGCAUGGUUGCGCUGAGAGUAACAGAUUCGUAUCAUGUAUUGAUUGACCUGUAACUGUUCAGUGUUAUCUUGAUAUCAUAAAGAUCCUGAAUGCACUGGAGACUGGAAAAGUCAUCUAUGUAUGUCUAUGGCAGACAUGCAGAAAUAUUUGCAUUGGCAAGAUUGGACUAAUAUAUAUAUAUAUAUAUAUAUAUAUAUAUAUAUAUAUAUAUAUAGUAAAAAGAAAUAAACAUGUAACUAGUUUAAUUCCAUGACUUCUCCUGCAGUUGUACGGUAUUUUUAGCCUGAAUGUGACAUUAUCUCUCGUAUCACUGCAGCGUAAGCCUCGUUUCUAUAGCAAUGGAGAACCCACGUUUUCCACGUUCCUGCUACACAACAUGUUGUUUGGUCUUGAUUUUUUUUUUUUUCUUCUCCCCACACCAGUCUUGUGGAAAUAAAAUGCCACCAUGAAGUCUC